CCUAAGCUCGUAAAAAGUACUGAGUAAAAGCACUGAAAUACUGAAUCGAUUUGUGUGUGCGGUUCCAUUUUCCUAUAGUCUAGUACUCACAUCGACGAAAACCGCUAGCCAUAGGAGUGAGCGAGCGGCAAAUACGCGGCAAACGCUUUUCGUCGGGCCUGUUUUUCAGCGCGGCUCUCAGAUGAGCUAAGGAAAUACCAGAAAAAAAAUAGCUGAUCUAGCGAGUAAAUUUUGAUGAACGCCGUUAGCCGCGACCCAAAGAUUAAAAUAUGUAUUCUUCGGCGGUGUUCGUGCAAAAGCGGUGCCAAAGCUACAAAUUAAUAAUGGCAGGAAAACUCCAAAAUCGCCUGCAGGAGGUCAGUGUAGAUGAAAAGGGACGCCUAAUCCAAGCUGUUACCCAUUAAUGUGAGACUUCACCGACAGACAGCAAUAGCACAAUGGGGUAAAUCCGCAGAAUAGUAGAAGUGCUGGAUGAGAUCCAAUAGAAAAUCCCAGAGGGAAGGAACAUGACGACUGGGACAUCGCCCCAUAUAUCGACAUCCUGCCGGACGUAUCCUCGCAGAGAAAGAAGCAGAACCACCGGAACGAUCUCCGAUGAGCUCUCCACUGGGGGACCACAGGACUCUACCUCCACCAGCUAUUUGGCAGCUAAAGCGGAGAUGGAGGAUGCGCUGGCUUCUAUAGGGAGGAGGAAAAAAAAGGCGCCCGCUAAGGGACAGCUGGAGAAGCCAUUGCCAGGAUGCUGGGCGACUUCCUGCAGCAUCAGGCGGAACAACCACGUUCCCAGCCCAACUCCGACUUCCUUUAGGUCCAAUAUGCUAUCGGCAUUCGGAGCUGGACUGCAGAUGGCGAGGCAUCCGUGAGACGAGA